UCUCUCAUGCUAGAUCAGUCAUAAGAUAAACGUCAACGCGCACUGGCAUUAUCAUCCACCUGACGACACCCACCCACCAUCGCCUGGAACCCCCAAACCACAGAAAUACAUGUCCUCACUCAAAGUAAGGGAAGGCGAAGCCGCUUUUAAUGUUCCUGGUGCAGGCAAGCCUUGCAAGACUUGGUACAAGGUGUACGGUACUCUUCCCCACCCACAUAACACACCACUUGUAGUACUUCACGGCGGUCCCGGUUCAACCCACGAAUACCUCGACAUCCUCUCCGAGCUUACACGUCUCUUCGACGUACCCGUUAUACUUUAUGAUCAACUCGGCAAUGGACGCUCCACACAUCUCCCAGAGAAGAACGGAGACGUGGACUUCUGGACUGUGCAGCUCUUCGUUGACGAGAUGCACAACCUCCUGAACCACUUAAACAUCCAUGACAACUAUAACGUACUUGGGCAGAGCUGGGGAGGAAUGUUGGCAUCAGAGUUUGCAACGCGCCAACCGAAAGGCCUCGGGAAGCUGGUGAUUGCUGAUUCGCCAGCGAGUAUGGCACUGUGGGUUAAGGCCGCAAAUGAGUUGAGGAAGGAGUUGCCACAGGAACUUCAGGAUGCGUUGAAUAAGCACGAGGCGGCGGAUACAACAACGGAUCCAGAGUAUAUUGCCGCAACGAACGAAUUUUACAAGAGGCAUCUGUGUAGGCUCGACCCAAUGCCUCAGUCCCUGGUGGACGGGCUUGCAUGGAUGGAAAAGGAUCCAACGGUGUACUCAACCAUGUAGGUGUUUCGUCCAUCUGUGUCACGCAUCUUCAACCUUCGGGGAACAGGAAUGGACCGAAUGAAUUUUACAUCACUGGCUCUCUAAGGACGUGGAACGUGAUUGACCGCUUGCACAAUAUUCAGGCGACGACAUUGCUCAUCAAUGGGAGGUACGAUGAAGCACAGGACAUGGUUGUAGAGCCCUUCUUUCAGCAUAUUCCGAAGGUCCGAUGGAUACAAUUUGCGGACUCAGCGCAUGUCCCACAGCUAGAAGAGACGGAAAGGUUUAUGCAGGUGGUGUGGGCCUUCUUGCGCGGUUGAAGCGGCUGGAAGUAUAGAAGCAGCGUGAAAGAAAUGAUGAUGGG